CUUUCCUAAUCUGCUGAGGUGUCGGAGGAUAAAAACAUCCCACCAGCAGUCUCUUCCUGAGAAAGCCCAGUGUAGAUACCCACUCCUCCAGUAAAGAAGUAGACACAUAGAACAAGCGGUGCUGCAGACAAACAGGCUGGAAGUUAGCUGCAGAGAUUCUGUUAUUUUGUAUGGCAAAAGCUAAAAACCACCUUGUUCUUAUAUUGGAAUUAACUGGUUGAACAUCUGGUAGGAUGACGCAUCAGGGCUCCAAGGUUUCCAGUUCAAUUCUAAGAUGGGUAAUAUUAUACUGAAGCUCUACAUCAGGGAGAAAGAACACAGAAAGGGUUAAAGCAAACAUCAGCAAUGAAUCUUGAGCCCCCUAAAUCUGAAUUUAAGUCAGCCACUCGGGUGACAGGAGGGCCAGCCACGCCCCGAAAGGGCCCACCCAAAUUUAAACAGAGGCAAACUCGCCAGUUUAAAAGCAAGCCACCAAAGAAGGGUAUACAGGGAUUUGGAGAUGAUAUCCCUGGUAUGGAAGGUUUAGGCACCGACAUCACAGUCAUCUGCCCCUGGGAGGCCUUCAGCCAUUUGGAGCUGCACGAGCUGGCUCAAUACGGCAUCAUCUGAGUCGACCAUCUUCCCACCAGCCUCUUCACUUUUCCCCUUUCAUUCUGCCUCCACUCAAUUUGCUCCACACAAUUCACCAAGGAACAUUCCAAAAAUAGAAAAAAACAAACAAACUUAAGUGUCCACUGUUUCUUUAUUUUCUGCUCAUAAGUUAAUACAGAUCUGUCUGUAUUUGACUUAUUGUGUGUCAGAUCUCACUCCCCGUUCCAUUUUUUCUCUGUUCCCGUUUGAUGUCACCUUUCGUUUCUAUUUCCUCCUUUCUUUUGGAACAGAACUUCAAACUUAAGCAAGCAAGACAGCCUCAAAGUGAGUACAAGCGUCGCACCCGUGAAAUGCUCGGCUUCUCAUUUCACGUGUCUUAGCUUUAUCCGGCUUUUAUUUAUUCAUUUAUUUUUAAAUAAAAAAAUCUCAUACUCCUGUAGACAAAUGUAGAUGACUGCAGAUGACUGAUAAAAACAUUUUUUUUAUUUAUAAUAAUAAUUCUACCAAUUCUGCUAAAUUUCUGUUUCAUUAUACAUUAUUCCACUUCACUCAACUUUUUUUUAUAACCUUAUUUUUUAGACAUACUUCUGAACUUAGACUUCGAAACAUGGUCAUUUUUAAGAUUAGACCUUCUCAGAAAAAAAAAAAAGGUCACUUUCUUGGCUGUCUUGCAAUCUGAGUACUACCUGAUGUGUUUACAGCUCGGGUCAUUUAGCAGUUGAAUUACUGAAGACAGGACAGCAAGUCAAAGCCACAUUCAAAUGCAAUGCAUUAUUCAAAUGCUUUGAUUGAAGUGUGCAUGGUUAAUUAAUUAUGCAUUAUGAAUGGAAAAGUGUUAAAUUGUUGUGUUCUGUGUCUUAUUUAACUACACACUUACAUUGUUUGCUAUUCAUUACCUUUCAUGUUCAUAAUACAGUAGGAUCAUUUAUCCUUAUUGUAGCUGCUGUCUUGAUGUCUUCACUAAAAUUCCACCGAAUUCCUAUUGGUCAAGUAUCAUUGCAUAGCUCAUGUGCAUAUUGAUUUCUGUUCUACCUUCUGUAAAAUUAAUUGCAUGUUCCUUUUAUAGGUUUCCUUAUUUAUUAUACAAUUUUUACUUUUAUCGAUUUGAUGCUUCAUUGUGGUUUUACUGUGCAGCGUGUGUGCAUGUGUGUGCAUGUGUUUUGAUUAGUAACAUUUAUAUAUAAUUAUAGUGGCACAUGCUACUUUACAUUAUACUUUACACAAACCCUCACAGGACUCAUUACACUGUAAUACAGCAUUUUGCAUAAACUCUGAUAUGUAUGUUAAUUAUCAUCCUUCUAAAAUCUCUGUACUUGGAUGACAUAAAGAUUGUUAGGAAGGUUUUCGAGCAUUUUAUUCCCUAGAUCUGUUGGCACAUUUGCUCAAGAGACUACAAACACAUAAAAGCUUUGACACUUUGCUCAAUUCCAUGACUGUGUUUAAUCAAUGACUCAAAUAACAGUUUUUCUUUUCUACAGGAUGAGAUAAAAAUAAAGCUUACAAAAACGGAAAAAA